CGCAGUCUGACGUCACGGCGCUGGCUGGCGGUCUAUCGCGUGGCCGAGCGGAGAGCGGGAUGGGAGGCGGCCGGUUCUCGGUGGCGCUUCUUGUGCUGUUUCUUUCCUGUGGGAUUCCGUCCGACGGACAGAAGAAGAAAGAGACAAUUCUGUCUGAAAAAGUUGGACAGUUGAUGGAAUGGGCAAACAGACGAGCUGUAAUCCGGAUGAAUGGUGAUAAGUUCCGUCGAUUUGUGAAGGCUCCACCACGGAAUUACUCUAUUGUGGUGAUGUUCACUGCUUUGCAGCCACAGCGCCAGUGCACUGUUUGCAAGCAGGUGGAUGAAGAAUAUCAAAUCCUGGCCAACUCCUGGCGUUAUUCAAGUUCUUUUGCAAAUAAACUUUUCUUUGCUUUGGUGGAUUUUGAUGAAGGAUCUGAUGUAUUUCACCAGCUCAAUAUGAAUUCUGCUCCAACAUUCAUGCAUUUUCCAGCUAAAGGGAAACCAAAGCGAGCAGACACUUAUGAACUUCAAGUUCGAGGAUUUGCAGCUGAACAGAUUGCACGGUGGAUUGCUGAUCGGACAGAAAUAAAUAUUCGUGUGAUAAGGCCACCUAACUAUGCUGGUCCCUUAAUGCUGGGAUUUUUACUCGCUAUAAUUGGUGGACUCGUAUAUCUAAGGCGGAAUAACCUUGACUUUCUCUAUAAUAAAAAUGGCUGGGCCUUUGUUGCUUUGUGUUUUGUACUUGCAAUGACUUCUGGUCAGAUGUGGAAUCACAUCCGAGGUCCGCCAUAUGCACAUAAGAACCCUCAUAAUGGUCAAGUGAGUUACAUUCAUGGAAGCAGUCAAGCACAAUUUGUAGCUGAAACACACAUCGUUAUUUUGUUAAAUGCCGCUAUAACAUUAGGAAUGGUACUACUUCAUGAAGCAGCCACAUCUGAUAUGGAUAUAGGCAAACGAAGAAUUUUGUGUAUGGCAGGACUAGGACUGGUUGUGUUUUUCUUCAGUUUGAUGUUGUCCAUUUUCAGAGCGAAAUAUCAUGGAUAUCCCUACAGCUUUCUUAUAAGUUAAUCCUGGAGAAACAGAUAAAAGCUGAAAGAACAGCACAGCACCACACCGUAGUGUGAGAAGUUAAAACUAAACAUCAAAUUUAGAAGUUAGUUGUGUUCCAGAAUACCUCCCUAAUACAAUUCAAUUUGAGGUCUCUCAGAAGAAGACUUUAACCAAAGAGAGCCUGUGGUGCCUUAGGUUUUUGAUGGCCAACAAAAAAAAUAUUAAAAUAGUUAUUUACUAAUAAGAUUUUGGGUAUUAUUGGGGUAAAAUAGAAAAUUAUCAAAAUUAAUCUGCAGCUUUUAAAAAAAACGAGUAAUUUCUGUUGAAUGAAGUGCCUUAAAUGGAAUUAUUCCAAGAUUCAGGUUUCAAAGGGCUGAUUUGCAUACGAUUGAACUUGUGAAGUGUGAUUUUUGAAAUAUUUUAAUAAGUUGACUUAAUAUCACAUUUCAUUAUGUAUAUUAUGUCAGCUUUAGCUUACACUGUGAACUUGGCUAAAUAUAACAUUUACAACAAAGCAAUGACUUGAUGCCCAUUGUAUUUUAAUAACCAGGUCAGUGCUUCCAACUCUUAAAAUUAAUUUUUACACAGUCCACUUUAUGUGAGCAUCUAAGUAAAAGAUUAAGACGUUGAAUGUUGAUUCUGUAAAAUUUUUACAGUGCAAAAUGUUACUGCAACUUGGAUUAAAAAUAAGAAAACACAAAAUGCUGGAAAUACUCAGCAAAUCAUCAACUUGAAAUGUUCGGUCCCCCUCUCCCUCCCACCCUCCCCA